AUGUUUGAUGGAUAUAUACCAUCGUCCCUUCGUGAUAAUAUAGUUGUUCGUGAUUGGAUACCACAGCACGAUCUAUUAGCCAAUAAGAAACUGCGCGCCUUUGUUUCUCACGUUGGUAUGAAUGGCAUGUACGAGACAUUGUAUUACGGGGUACCUGUGGUGGCUAUGCCCUUAUACGGAGACCAGUUUGACGACGCAAUUGAGAUGGUGCAGAAAGGAGUCGCUUUGUAUGUUGAUUACAACAAUUUAACGGUUGACGAUCUGUACAACAAACUGCAACGUGUUAUCCAUGAACCAAGUUUUCGCGAGAAAGCGGAACGCAUUUCACGCUUGAUGCAAGACCGUCCACGUAGCCCGGUCCAGGAGGCUGGUGACUGGAUAGAGUACGCCCUCAGACACGAGAGUCUUGCACAUCUUCGUCCGUACUCUAGUCAACUUCCCUGGUACCAGUAUUUCCUGGUAGAUGUAGCAGUGUUCCUGGUCUUGGUAGUUUUGGUUGUGAUUAUGGUGAUAAAGUACACACUUCGGUUGAUGUGCUGGAUGUGCUGUCGACGAGACAAGAAACAGAAAACUCAAUAACAUUUUUACGCAAAAGUUGUGUCGCCUAAAUCGAACUUAGCGAUGUUUGAUGGUAUUUGAUGUGACUUCAGAAUCAAUGUCCAAGCAUCAGGGGCGGAUCCAGGAUUUUUUUUAGCGGGGAGGGGCCCUAAAAUUGCGCGAACUUUUGGCGUGGAUUUUGCAUGAUGGAUUUUUUCGGAGAACGUAUCAAAUAGAGCUUUCCCACUAAAAUUAGCGAAUUAAUUAGGAAACAAGCUAAUUCAAUUGUUAUUUAUUUGUUUAAAGUGCAACUGAACCUUCCAAAAAGUCAUUUCAUUCGAAACAGAACAUGCUGUUAAGCACUUCUACA